GGAAAAAAAAAAAAAAAAAAGAAGCUAAAGGGAAACAAAACUUGGAGACACAGAAAAGGGCUCUAGGAAAAAGUUUUGGAUGGGAUUAUGUGGAAACUACCCUGCAAUUCUCCGCUGCCAGAGCAGGCUCAGUGCUGCCUUCUCCCCAGCGGCGCAGCCCGCGCCGGGCGCUGCUGAGAGACGCCCGGGCCUCGGUGCCGCGCCGCCAGUGCCUGCUGUGCCGGAGCCCCUCGCCCCGCCGGCCCAAUGCUCCUCCUCGGGCUGCUCCUGCUGACAGCUGCCCUGGCCGGCCGGAGGCAGGGGGCCGUCGCCGAGUCCGAUCUCAGCAGCAAGUUCGCCUUCUCCGGCGCCAAGGAGCAGAACGGUGUGCAGGACCCUCACCAUGAGAAGAUAAUUACUGUGACUACUAAUGGGAGUAUUCACAGCCCCAAGUUUCCACACACAUACCCACGCAACACUGUGCUAGUGUGGAGAUUAGUGGCACUGGAUGAAAACGUGUGGAUACAACUUACUUUCGAUGAAAGAUUUGGGCUUGAGGACCCAGAAGAUGAUAUUUGCAAGUAUGACUUUGUAGAAGUUGAAGAGCCCAGUGAUGGCACUGUUUUAGGGCGCUGGUGUGGUUCCAGUAGUGUGCCAAGCAGACAAAUCUCCAAAGGAAACCAGAUCAGAAUAAGAUUUGUGUCUGAUGAAUAUUUUCCUUCUGAACCUGGAUUCUGCAUCCAUUAUACACUUCUUAUGCCACACCACACAGAAGCCCCCAGCCCAUCACUGCUACCCCCAUCAGCCUUGCCCUUGGAUGUAUUAAACAACGCCGUGGCUGGAUUUAGCACUGUGGAAGACCUUAUCCGCUAUCUUGAACCAGAUCGAUGGCAACUGGACUUGGAAGAUUUGUACAGGCCAACGUGGCAACUUCUUGGGAAAGCAUACAUUCAUGGAAGGAAGUCAAGAGUGGUGGACCUGAACCUCCUGAAGGAGGAGGCGCGGCUCUACAGUUGCACCCCGCGCAACUUCUCGGUGUCGCUGAGGGAGGAGCUGAAAAGGACGGACACCAUCUUCUGGCCACUGUGUCUGCUGGUGAAACGUUGUGGUGGAAACUGUGCCUGUUGUCAGCAGAGCUGCAAUGAGUGCCAAUGUGUGCCAACAAAAGUCACCAAAAAAUACCAUGAGGUUCUUCAGCUGAAGCCAAGGAUUGGUGUCCGAGGAUUGCAUAAAUCAUUGACAGAUGUACCCUUGGAACACCACGAGGAGUGUGACUGUGUGUGCAAAGGGAAUACUGAAGGAUAAACAUGAUUUAUUUGUGCUGUUUUCUUUCAAAGCACAUUCAAUCAAUGGCUGAUUCUAUUAUGGGGCUUGUGCAUUAUCUCCUUCUGUAAUCUCAGUUGUUUGCUUUGGGGAUCUUCCAUCUUGAAGAUUUACAGUGAGCUCUAAAAAGAGGAGAAGCCAAACUGGGAUUAUAUGUUGUGUGACAGCUCUGUUUGGAGGCCCAGUGAAAGGAUGGGAGAAAGGCAUCAAUGAGGGAUUUAAAAUAUAUGUAUUGUUGUUGUUCCCCACAAUUUUCUUGGCAAUACAUGGAUUUAUAAUUUAGGAGUAAAUAAUAGAUUUAGAAGGCUGACAUCAUGGAGACUUGAUCCUGCUGGCUGUCUCAUUUCUACAGCUCAAGUACAUCUGGCCUCUGGUUGAAAACACCUGAAAUCUUUCUGUGUUCAGCUACUCCUACGUACUCUAAAUCAAAAUGUUCUCUGUUGUAUAAACUUGGGUUAAAACAGACUGUCUUUUCCUGAAUUAAAUUUAAUUUGUCUAA